AGUCCAAGGCCCUGGAGGGCAGCUGGCAUUUGAUGAUCACAGGGAGAGAACCCAGGCAGGCAGGACCAUGCGGCUGCUCCCGGCUCUGCUCCUUCUCAUCAUCCCGGGCUGUUUCUCCAUCCAUGGUCCGGGGACAGUGAGCGGCCCCGAAGGGGGUUCGGUGACCAUUGAGUGUCACUACAAUUCAGGGUGGGAGACCUACAAGAAGUGGUGGGGCCGUGGAAACGCCUGGCAUUCCUGCCGAAUCCUUGUUAAAACCACUGGGUCAAAGCAAGAGGUGAAGAAGGACCGAGUGUCCAUCAAGGAUGAUCACAGAUGCCGCACGUUCGCUGUGACCAUGGAAAAGCUCAGGAGUGACGACGAAGACACCUACUGGUGUGGGAUUGAGAGAUACGGAAUUGACCGGGGGGUCCAAGUAAAAGUUACCAUUGAUCCAGCAGCAUAUACAACAACCCCACCCACACUGCUGAUAACAAACACGACUGAAUCUAUGACGACAGACCAGUCUGAACCUAUGACAACGGCCAGUCUGACUUCCUCGUCUCCAGUCACCCAGAGCGUCAACAACAGCCAACCCUUGCCUCUGACCAGCCCCCUCAUCAGGGUCCUGCUCUGCAACAUCCACUUUGUGCUCCUGACAUCCAUGAAGGUGCCCCUGCUUGGGAUCCUGCUAUGUACCGUGAUGUGGUUAAGCAGGAGUCAGCGGGACUCCAGGGGGAAACAACGUCAGUCUGAGCAGGAGAACCGCAGUUCCCACGCCAUCGACACCCUCACACCGGAGGAGCAGACGAGUGGGACCUCCUGACCUCUCAGCAGGGAGUGUGCAGUGAUGGCAGUUCCAAGAGACGAGGGGCCCUGCUGAGGUGAGGACUCCCCUCGCUCUGGCCUCAGCAAGAGCAUCGGCUCCCUGCCUGCUCCGCACAGCUCCAGGACCCUGGCCUCUGCCACAGAAGCAGAGACAAGAAAGGAGAUGGUGUUGCCCUUCCACACUGGGUCCUCCAGGCCCCUGUAAUCUCCCCCGUGUGGGUCCUCCUGAUGCCUCCUUGCCUUGUGACUCUAGAGCGGCCCUGCCAAGAAAAUUGACUAUUACACUGUCCAGGAUUCCAGCCAAUAUGGGUUUCAAAAUUCAGGACCAGCCAGCAAGUAUAAAACCUAAAUUAAACCAAAAAGCUUCAGAGUGUGUCUACACAGGCAAAGACCCCACCAUGGGCCAGGUGUAUGCAGGUCUGCUGAUUCCACCUUCUGUUGCAUCAGUACCUCCUGGAGAAAGAAUCUCCUGGAUGUGGAUGAUUGAAGAUAGGAUUGGACCGUUGCCCAGCUCACAUCCCAUCUCUUUGUGCUGUUCAUUUCCUAUUAAAAUCUAUGGAUCUCCUGUGCA